CUCCUGUUCUGCACUCUCAACACCCACAAGAUUGACAUGGACAAGCUCCUGGGGGGCCAGAUCGGCCUAGAGGAUUUUAUCUUCGCCCACAUUAAAGGGAUCAAGAAGGAGGUGGAAAUUUACAAAUCUGAAGACGCUCUGGGCCUCACCAUCACCGACAAUGGAGCGGGAUACGCCUUUAUAAAGCGUAUCAAAGAGGGCAGCGUUGUGGACGGGGUGAAGGUGAUCUCUGUGGGCGACCACGUGGAGUGCAUUAACGGACGGAACAUCGUGGGGACGCGACAUUAUGAGGUGGCCCGCAUGCUGAAAGAGCUUCCCAAGGACAAGGUUUUCACCCUCAAACUGGUCGAACCCAUGAAGGCCUUCGAAAUGCUUGAGCCCAGGUCAAAGGGUGCCAAACCUGCUAGUGACAACAAGAUCAGCAACGGGAGAGGGACUUUGAGACUUCGCUCCAAGGGCCCGGCUACUGUCGAGGAGGAGCCAACAGAGUUUGAGGAGAAGGCAGUGAAGAAAGUGGACGACCUCCUGGAGAGCUACAUGGGCAUCAGAGACACUGAACUUGCUGCUACGAUGGUCGAGGUCGGCCGCGACAAAAAGAACCCAGAUGAAUUCGCCAUGGCGUUAGACGAGACCCUCGGGGACUUCGCUUUCCCAGAUGAGUUUGUGUUUGACGUCUGGGGAGCCAUUGGAGACGCCAAGCAAGGAAGAUUAUAAGAUCGCAAUCGGCUUCCCCCAUCCCAAUAAAACACACACACACACACACACACACACACACACACACACAAUCCUCUCCUUCCCCGAACUCACGUCUUAUUAUUCUCAGAAACAAACUGGACAACAUGAGUGAAUUAAGUUUUUAUAAAGUGUUGCGUUGCGCUCGGAUGGAGUGUCUCAAAGCGUCAAAUUUGGUCAUUUGGGUUUACAGAAGGAAUCUAGCACAUCAGCGUUUCAGUGAAAUCUUGUAAAGAUAUCCAUGAAAUGUGGAAUGCAGUUUCCAGCGUGAGAGCUGCCUCAUGCUAAAACCUCUGAGGAUUAAUUCUAGAUGUUGUUCAAACUUUUUGUACUCCACCUUUGAGAAAUGGUCUUAAGAGUGAUGCCGUCUGCUGAGCAGAGUCUAACCUGGUCUUAUACACUGGUAAUGAAAAGGUUUCUGCACACCUUCGAUUCUAAACGAUCACUCAGUUUUAAUCUAACUUUAUAUCUGUGUCAUAUUAAAUAUACAGCUAAAGCACACGGCUUUUUAUAGAUUUUUUAUAUGUGAAAUGUUGCUAAUUUUAUGGCAGCGACAUGGUGUAAUUAGUGUAAUUAUAGUGAUUUAUAGUGACUAUAUUUCUCUCUCAAACAUCUUUUUAUCUGUUUUUAAAUGAACUAAGAGCUUCAGCUGCUUCCACAUUUUAAAGUUGGUUUACUUUGUGAUUUUUGUGUCCUUGAAAAUCUCAGUUUCAGCCUUUUUGUGUCUAUCUUUAAACCCUUUAGACGAGUUUGAUCACAUACCAACAUUCCUUUUAGUCUCUCAUAUUGUUGAAGUCUGUAAACACUGUUAAUGUCAUGACAUCCAACUUAUUUAGAGACGUACGCUUAUUUUUGUUCCUGUAAUUUAUUGUAUCAUGGAAAAUCAUAUGCUGUAGCAGAUUUUUUUUUUUUUCCACUGAGAGGUGGCUCGGUAUGAAAGAAAGGUCUUAUUGUAACUGCACUAUUUAAAUCACUGUCAAACUGAAUUUAAAUAGUGAACUGAUUCAUGUCUGGUUCUGAUGCUGGCUGUUUGCAGCCGUUUCAUAUUGUUUGACACACCAUAAGGGAUCACUAUUGUUGGAUAGACAAUAAAAUUUGAUAUACUGUUA